AUCCACAACAAAAUCAUACCUGACUUGUGUACCCAUAAAGUUACAAUAAUUUUUACUGUGAAACAUUAAAUAUCAUUAAAAUGUACCAGGCUGAUUUGUAUAUACGUAAUAAUGAUCUACAACGUCGUGAUAUCUACAAAGUGUUGCAUAAUUCAAUGAAUCUCAUAAAAUGGACCGGCACGGGUGAAGAAAUGAUCGUGGAUUUGGGUUGUGGUAGUGGAGAUGUUACCAAAGACGUUAUUCUGCGAUCAUCACCGAAAAUCAAAGGAAUUGUUGGUGUGGAUAUAUCAAGCGACAUGUUAAAAUUCGCCCGGGAUCAGAACUCACACGAACAAAUUGAAUAUAAGCAUCUAAAUCUCGCCACGAAGCAUAAAAUUGAUCAGAAUCUACGUGGGAAAUUUGAUCAUGCGUUUUCUUUCCAUGUUUUUCACUGGAUUAAAGACCAAAAGCGUGUUUUCAAGAAUAUCUACACCAUGUUGAAACCAGGUGGAGAUAUGUUGGGUCUUUUUGUCGCCAGUACCGAUGUGAUGUUAAUAUAUGAGAAACAAGCGAUGAUGCCGAAAUGGUCUAAGUAUUUACAAAGAGUUUCUGAUAUUUUUCCGUAUCAACAUUGUGAAGAUCCGCAAGUGGCCAUUGAAGAUAACCUCAAUCAAGCGGGGUUUUCACAUAUGGUCAAACUUGAAAAGCGAGAGUUUAUUUAUUCCAGCAGAGAACAUUUUAAAACAUCAAUGGCUGUAAUAAACCCGUUUGUGAAAAAUGUGCCCGAAGACCAACACGAGGAAUUCAUGGACGAUUUCGCUGACAUCGCUGAAGGUCUACAUUUCUUCUCGGAUCACGAUCAGCACAACCAGAUUGUUAUUGUGCCUUACAUUUUGGCGGUGAUUUACUUACGAAAACCCGAUUUUUAAUUUACUUAGAAAAUAAUUUAUCCCAUGUACAUUCACAGAAUAUCUAUUACUAUUACUAAUAAAUUUUAUUCUAUGCUA